AUGCUAGUGAUUCUUCUUUGCCUGUCGUUUUCCAAUGUAGUACAUUCGUCUUACCACAUCAGAGAUAACUCACUCGUUCCUCCAUAUUCAAGCCCUCACUGGGUACCUUAUGGAUCAACGAUUAUUGAACCUCAGUUCGUACGCCUAACUUCCGAUGUAAAAAGUAAUCAAGGAGGUAUUUUCAAUAUAAAACCUUUAUUUGCUCGUGAUUGGGAGGUGGUUAUUUUGUUCCAUGUUCAUAGUCCCAAAACUCUGGUCGGUGAUGGAUUUGCUUUCUGGUAUACUCAACAUCCUCCUUCAAGUGGGCCAGCAUUCGGCAGUCGAGAUAAGUUCCGUGGGUUGGCCGUUUUCUUUGAUACUUACGCUAAUCAAAAUGGUGAGCAUAGUCAUGAGCAUCCUUAUGUCAGUGCAAUGAUUAACGAUGGAUCUAAACACUAUGACCAUGAUAAGGAUGGAACUUUAACUGAAUUAGCUGGUUGUUCAUCUAAUUUUCGUAAUAAUGACUACUCAAUGGCCACAAUUCGUUACGCUAAUAACCAGUUGAAGGUUUCUUUGAAAUAUCAAGGUGCUACAGAUCCUGUAGACUGUUUCACAGUUGACGGAGUACGUUUACCUACUGGCUAUUUUAUUGGAAUCUCAGCCGCUACUGGUGACCUUUCAGAUAAUCACGACAUAUACUCUAUUCAUACUUAUGAACUGGAUGUUGGUCGAAAAGACGAUCCGUUCGCUGACUUUUCUAAAAUUGAACCAUCAGCUGAUCAGGAGGCUGCACCAAGAGCUCGAGUCGAUGAUACUCCACCAUCGAGAUUCAGCCGCGUACUUACAUUAUUUUCUUGGUUAUUCGUAUUUGGAUUUAUUAGUGGUGGUGGAUAUAUGGGCUAUAAAUAUUAUAAGAAGCGUCAAAGGCAAAUGAAGCGAUUCUAUUAG